GCAUCGAGGAUUUCAUGGCCAAUGUGGAGGAAGGAGUGCGGGCCGUGAAGCACGAGGCAGAGGCCCUUCGCCAGCCGUUUGUCGCUGCUGGAGAGGAGUGGAACUCUCGAAUGAAAAACUUCAUGCAAGAGCUGGAGCAGCAGGUGCGGCAGCCCAUCUUGGAAGCCGCUGAGCGGUUUCAGGGCCAAAUCGAGACGCAGCGCCAAUCGUUCCAGGACCAGUUCCGCAACGUCAGGGAGGACUCCGGAGGUCACGGCUGUAUCCUAGGUGGCUGUGGACAGGCGGACAUUGUAGGCUCUCGGGAAACCUCCGGCAACAUGAGUUCGAUGUCUCCGAACAGCAGGGCUGCCGGCAGCCACAACUCUCUGACGGUCUUGGAGAAGGAGAUUGCAAGUCAGCCGCCUCGUUACAUGGCAGACGCCCAGGGCUCCACAUUUUCGCAGAUGCCGGCCGCAGAGAUCCAGGAGGAAGGCAAAUGUACAACAUGCUUCUGA